CUACCAUAUCAUACUUAACCAAUACAUACCGGUGCACAGUUUUUUAUUAGUGUCGAUGUCGCGACGAGUCUGUUUAAUUGUUACAAACUUAUACCUUAUUUGCAUUGACCAAAUGCAUAUUCCGUCAUUUCUUCAUAUUCCACGGAAAAUUGUGUAACCAAAGACAUACAAAGAAGGUUAUUCUUAGGAAGAGAGAAGAGAUAAGAUAUCAUCAUGCCUUGUUGGUAUUAUGAGAAAGAGGAUCUGGAGAAUACGCCCUCUAUCAAGGAUGGGAUAGAUCCUGGCACCGAGGCUCGUUAUCGCAGAGAGGGCUCACGCUUUAUCAUCGAGGCCGGAACUACGCAGAAACUACGUUAUGAUACCAUGGCUACUGGAGUCGUGUAUUUUCAUCGUUUCUACAUGUUUCAUUCAUUCAAGGAGUUUCCUCGAUAUAUCAUGGGUGCAGCCUGCCUGUUUCUCGCUGGUAAAGUUGAGGAAACUCCCAAGAAAUGCAAGGACAUCAUCAAGAUUGCCAAGAAUAUCCUUUCUGAGCAACACUUUGCUGCCUUUGGUGAUGACCCCAAGGAGGAGAUCAUGACACACGAAAGAAUCCUUCUUCAGACUAUCAAGUUUGACCUUCAGGUGGAACACCCUUACAGCUAUCUCUUGAAGUACGCCAAGACAUUCAAAGGAGACAAGGAUAAGAUACAGAAGCUCGUUCAAAUGGCCUGGACCUUUGUAAACGACAGUCUGUGCACAACACUAUGUCUCCAAUGGGAACCUCACAUCGUAGCAGUGGGAUUCCUCUACUUGGCCGGCAGACUGUCCAAGAGUGACCUGAUGGACUGGUCAGGGAAGGCUACCAAGAACAGAUGGUGGGAGCAACUGACCGAAGACAUUUCCCUGGACAUCAUGGAAGAAAUUUGUCACAAGUUGCUGGACUUGUAUGCCGCUGGUCAGCACAAAGGACCUGGUUCUCAGGGUACUCCUACUAAGGCUCCUCCUAAAAGACCUAAACCUAAACCAGCCCAAGAUGGAGGCCACGGAGAUCCAAAAGCAAAGAUGGUCAAACAAGAACACCCGAGAGAGAAGCAGAGACUACCACCUCCUCCUCCCCCAUCAAGUGGAUCGGCUCCCCCAUCUCAUCCUGCUCACGCCGCUGUAAAACAUGAAAGGCGCCAAGCAUCACCGGCACCACCUCCUCCUCCCCGUGUGCAUACCGGUGGAUAUCCUUCAUCUAGUACUCACCACACCCAUCAGGGGCCUUCUGCCCCACCACCACAGCAGCAACCUGCUCACCAGCAGGCACCACCUCAUCAAGCUCCGCCAAUCCAGGCACCACCUCAUCAAGCACCUCCACAGCAGGUACCUCCUCCACAGGCACCACAUGUCCCUCAUCAGGUACCACACCCAGCCCCACAUCUACCAACACACCCAGUAUCUACACCAGUCCCCCCUCAUGGGGCACCGCUGCACCAGCCCCCUCCAACCCAGCACCAUCAACCCCCAGUUGGGCAUCAUCAACCGCCCCAACAAACUGUACCGACUCCUGCACCACAGGUCCCACCACCACCGGCUACAGUGACACACCCAAAUCCUUAUCAGCAGGUACCAGCCUACACACCCCCGAAUCCUCCUGCAUCUACAUUUGCAGCACCUCAAUACAGUAAUCCGCACUAUUCCACUGGAUCUGUACAGCCACCCACUUUUCCGCCAGCCACAAAACCUCAACCAGUGAUUCCCCCUCCAGUACCCAUUCCAGCCCCUGCUCCAGCUCCUGUUCGAGCUCCACCUCCUGCUCCAGGUCCUCCUCCCGUCUCAAGUUCAGGCCAUCAGCCAUCUUCUCAGCCACCAUAUCAGAUACCAGGGCAGUUCAUGAACCACCCUCCACCUCCAACUUUACCACACACCUACACCAGGCCGCCACCAGUGACUACACCAGCCCAACAGUACCAACAGCCGCCGCCUGCACCAUCAGCUGUACCCCAGCAACCACCCAUGUACCGGCCACCUCCACCACCUUCAAGGCCACCUGCCCCAGGAAUACCCCAAACGACACCUAACAUGCCACCACAGUUUCCUCCUCGGCAAUUACCUCCAGUUCAGCUGCCUCCAAAUCAAGCACCACCCAGCUUACCCAAUCAGUAUCAACCUCCUACACCUCCUAUUCCUACUCCUACCAGUCAAUAUCGGCCUCACACGCCACCGGUGUCCCAUCCACCAGUGCAAUCCCAGUACAGCUUCUCAAGAUCCCAGUCAGGGGAGACACCCACAGCAACUCCUCCUGCCCCUCCUCCUCCUGGCAUAGCACCUCCCAACUACAGACCGCCACCCAGCAGCCAGCCAGCACCCGGUCAGCCCCCUGUUGAUGAGUCCAUGAUGAGUAUUGCCCAGGAAUAUGCUGCCAAGCAACUCCAGAGUAUGGGCGUGCCUCCCAAUGUGGCCAUGCAACCGGUUGCCCGAUUCGGUGGGCCACAGUCACAGCAGAGUGCCAGCAAUCAACUGCCCGGGACAGUAGGUAAACAGCAGCAGCAGCAGCAAGGAAACUUCAAUUCUGGCCUUGCUACUGUCCGUAUCACUGGUCGUGAAAUGAUGGGCAGGAGGCCGUCACAUGGUGGUGGCAGUGGCGGCGGCACAGGUGGUGCAGGUAGUUCUUACAGAUGAAGUUCUUGAGUUCAACUGAACUUCCAUUAUCGUUUUAGGUCAAGGUAAAAUUUGUAGUUCAUUGUAUAUCAUAUAAUUGCUGUAAUAUAUGAAGCCUCUUUGAGAGAGGGAGGAAAGAACAUAAGUCGUAUGCAGUGUAACUUCCAGCUAAAAACCCACAAUAAUAAAGUCAAGGUGAAAUCUACUUUAAACUUUAAAAUAAUCCCAAAUGAAAAAUUAUAACUAUGCACUCUACACAUCAUUUAUGUUGAAAAUCUUAGCAGUUUGUAAAAUAAAGAAAAAGGCUUUUCGAAUAUUUUAUCAGAAGAUUUUUCUUAAUGUGAGUUUUGAAGUCCCAUAACCCCUUUCAUUGACUACAGAAAACCUUGUCUUGCAACUUAAAUCUAGUGCCGCACACUAUGCGACGCGAUUGCACAAAUAUCCGAUUACCACAAGUUGCCAAUUGCAUCUCAGUGCAAUCGCAUUGCAUGCCCAGCGCACAUAUUUCCACAGCUCUGCAACACGCUGCUUAUCCAUGGCACCUCUAAAACAGUUUAAGUGUGAUUUUAAGUCAAACUCCCCAAUAGCGUAUCCAGCAUCAGCUAUGAUAAAGAAAUGUGUAGGCCUAGACACAAGCAUAAUACUAUUGUCCCCAGACAAUUUGGCCUAUGUAAUGCUUUGUAGGAUCUCAUGCUGGAUACACCCCUGCUCCCAGUUAAGACUCCCAUUUACUUUUGGUAUAUAAUGCAUCACCGCAUUGGUCAGAUCAUGAUUAGAGGAUGCACACUAUUGUUUUUUUGUUAAUGAGGUUACACAUUAGAUACCAAGCGUGCAUUGGUGUUUAAUCGCAGCUUAGUCACACUUAACUCAAUGUGAAAACCUGUCCUGGGGCCCGUUGCAAAAAGAGUUGCAAUCAAUCGCAACUCUAAAAAUCAUGCGUAACUUGAUUUUCUACCAAUCAACAGCACACAUUUCGGACUUGCGAUUUAUUUUUGACUUGGGUUUAAACGCAACUCUUUCUGCACCGGACCCCUAGUGCAUCAUAUCAGUAUCCGCUGAGGUCUUGAGGUCAAAGGUCACUCAAUUAUGAAGACAGAGAUGUUGGCUUAUCCCAAUUCAUUCUGUACAUGUUUUAUUUGACAUGUGUAUUGUAUUGAAAAUAACGGUUUUGGUUGUUACUCAUUUAACGUUUCUUUAAUAAUUCAUUACACAUUAAUUUACCGUUCUUUUUAGACCAAGUUAAUGUGGAGGUUAUAUUAUAUCAUGUACAUGUAGAAAUUGUAUGCUAAAUUAUGUAGAAUGGCAAUGAUUGCACUGAAUGAGAAGGGGGGUGGUCUUGUGCAUUUCAGAUGUCAAAUGAAAUAAUGAAAAUUCAAAUGGAUGGAGGCCUCUCUUCAAAUUGUUUUUAGUCCAUCAUGUGUGAAGUAUGAAUAUUCAAAUUUCACAUGCUAAAAGAAGAAGAGCUAGACUUUUUAUUUGAUAAAAUCUAUAGUGAUUUAGCUCUGAUAAAAGAUUGAUUCUUGGAUUUGUUUUUAUCUGGAAUGCACAGAAUAAGAAGGUAAUUUCAUGAACAUACCUACAUGCUUUCAUAAAUGUAAGUAGAGUAUGGUCUGGACAAGUUGCAUGAUCAUUGGAUAAUAGCCAAUGUACAUGGGAUUUGGAUAUUGCUUGUGUAUAUUGUCAUAAAUUGGAAGCGCAUAGAGACAUUAUUCAUAAUUGUGAUAUGCGCUAUACAAGAACUGUGUAUUAUUUGUAUUAUAAAUAUUUUACCAACCUACCAAUGAUUAUGAACAGUUGGAUGUGAAUACAUAAAUCAUUCACUUCAGAGACAAUCCUGCUGCUUAGAUACUAAGGGAAAGCAACAAAAUGUACAUACUAUUCGUUGUUAUGAUCCCUUAUUUUUCACAUGCAAAUGAAAGUUUUAGAGCAUUUUUUUCUAUUUUAGAUAUUCUCAAAUCUUUGCAAAACCCCACUUUGAUUUGUCUCUUACCUGUAUGUAAAAUAGCUUGGACCUGCCCGACAUGUACUGUAUAUUAGGGACAGUAAUUUUCUGUUUAAUACUGGUAAAUCAAAUCAGAAAAUUGUUUUUGGUUGUCUACUUUUCAUGUGAUAUUUCAUGGAGUUUACCUUUGCAAACGGAAUUCAUGCUAUUGCUGUGUAAAAAACAGGAUCUCCAUUUUUAGAUCAAGUUUGAAACAGAAUUGUAGGUUUUCAGAGACGGAAAUGACCAUGUUUUGAAAUGGAAAAUCUCUAUCCCUGACUAUGGUCUUUGAUUGUACUAUAUGGUUUGCUUACUUUUUAUUCAUGAUUUCUUUUUUUUUCUUGAAAAAGAAUGUAAGACCAGUAGCUGAGAAGAUUCUUUCAAGUUGCAGGACCAUAGCUGCUGACCUCAUUGAUCGAUGGUGGUAGGCCCUAAACCUUACAAACAUGGCUACCUGUCUGGUUUGAGCUGGGAUCUUCCUGCCAGAAUCACACAAUUAGUGACAUCACUACGAAGAGAUCUAUUUUUCAGUGUGCAGAGAAGUGCACUGGACACAGUUCUGCAUGGUAUACAACUUACCACAAUGUAAGUGCUUUAAGAAUGAUAUUUUGUGUAGCCUGAAGUAUGUGAGACAAUGCAAUCGGUUUUCCAGUACUUAUGUACUGAGGGCAAUAACCUUUGUGAAAAUAUUGGGUGGCAAUUUUCUCAAUAUCAGGAUUUUAUCUCUCCUUUUAAUGAUUGUGUAAUUCCUUCUCUUUACCUUUACUAUAAUUUCAUCCCAUUUCUGUACCCUUUUGUUGGCUGUGUGUCAAUCCACUGAUAAUAGUCUUUCUUUAUAUACCUCCCAGUACUAUUUGUUCUAGCUGUUGCUCUAACUUUAUCUUUGUUUCACAUUGAUGCAACAUGAUAUUUUCCAUGACUGAUUUAAGAUUAGAAUGUGCUAAGAAGAUAAACAAUUUUUAUAAGAAAUUCAUAUAUACAGACAUUGAUAUUGUUAUUUUUUUAAUGCAGAGCAAUGUGAAUUAUUUUGCAAUAUAUCUCCUUUUCUGUAUGUAUUUUUUGGUCAGACUAAUUUGAAUUAAUAUUUCAAUCUUUACUCGGUCAUUUCACCAUGAACCUACAUGAACCUCAUGUUGUGCUAAUGCCGAGUGUGUAUCCAUCAUGUAACCACAGAAUGUGAAGAGAUAAUGUGGACUGCACGAAUGUUAAGAUAUGUGAUGAUCAAGGUAGAUUCUCAAUAUAGGUUUGUCUGCCCAAAUAUUCAACUUCGGAUAUAAAUUUUUCACCCAUUUUUAUGAGGGUUGUGCGCUUUAAUGGUUUUUCCACAAUGUGUUGAAAAAAAAAUACUCCUUCAAUCAGAGCAAUAUAUGUAAGUAUGGAAUCUUGUUUCAGAAGUGCAAUGUCAAAUUUUGAUUUCUAGAGCCUUGCCAGUGUAGUGUUUCAAGUUGACCCAUAUUGAUAUUUGAAAUAUUGAUGGAGCAGUUUAGACAAUAUGGGUUUGGAGCUCAGUGGAAUUGAUCAAGAUUGAUCAAAAACUGGUUUGCACACCAAAUCGACGCAGGUAACCAUUUGUUCUGCGCAAAGAAAAGAGAGAGCAACGUAUGUUAACAUAAAUUUGUUUUAGUGGCAUACGAUAUCUUUAUAUUUAGUGUUUGGAAUCUGGUAAUGUUGCAAUAUUCUUCAAGUACUGUCUGACCACAAGGAAUGGUGUUCCGUUCAGCUUACGCAUGAUAUCCAGAGCUCUUCAAAACCUCAAGCAAGUCACACACUUCUUGGAAUCACAAAUGCUGAUAUGUUGUGAGAGUGUUGGCCUCAUUGUGGUGACAUUAGCGGAAUCCUCAUUGGAUCUAGUUCCAGUUGGUCAUUUUUGUCUUUUCCAGCCAUUUGAUAUUAAUUGGUGUUAAUUGGAUGUUCCUGGAGUUAUUCGACUCAGAUGAAAUGAAAGGCAUGUCUUGGUUUUACAGAGUCAGAGUCAAUAAAGGCUAUUUUCUGCUCCUCAUGCAUGCCAGUAUUGUCACCAAGAGGGAAACGACAUACAUUUGAUACAUUUUCUGAGCAAUAGCCUAUAACUCUACUUAUUAAACCACAUUGCACUUGUUUGAAUUCUAAUAAGGCAGAUUCUUGAAGUAUUUGUCAACAUGUGUCCAGGAAGAAACACCCUCUUUGGAAUGAAAUUUGAAUAGAUUUCCUGUUCAGAGGAAACUUCAUCACAUUCAGGUAUUCAGAAAUGUUAUCCCUUAAAGUGAGGGGAAGUUACUAUGUUUAACCCUACAUAGUCCAGGCUAUUUUGAAAUUACAAAGACGGGAAGGGGAGCUUUUAGCCCCCCCCCCCCCCCCCCCCCGAUCUCAGUUGUUGAUCUGGACACUAUCUCUAGGGUUCUCAUCAAAUUUUUUCUGAUUAAUUUCACAUGUUCUCUUGAAUUUGAAUUCCCAAGUGAAGGUGGGAUGUGUCCUUGGUGACUUGUCAAUCAAAGCACUGCAUCACAGAUACAAACUAUAAUGAGUGCAUGAUGAUUGUAUCACCUCCGGAAUAGAAUUUGAAUUCGUGAUUGUGAUUAGCGUUCGUGAUUCUAAUCAUGUUCUAGUUUUGUUUCACACGUGCUAAAAAUUCAUCAUUAGCCUAUUUUUCACUGGAGUCAUCAAAGGGCGGGUUGUGGCCUAGUCUUCACAGAUUUAUCUCAAAAAAUGUUGUUGGGGGCUUAAAAAAAGACCCCCCCCUCCCUCGGGCUAAAUAGGGUUAAGGUAUGCAUGUAUCUGCUUACCAUUUAUAUUUGGAGAAGGGCCUCCACUCUAUGAUUCAAUUUGCUUAUGAUCUUGUGCCAUCUAAAAAUAUUUAAUGUGAACUUGUGGGUCUUUCAUAUCUUUGCAAUGAUCAUACAAUGCAUAAUUUGCAGACCAUCAUAGAAGUAUUUCCUUUUUGCCUGUAGUUCCUUUGAUCAUGUCAGAGAAGUUUCUCAGCCAGGUCCUGAAGCUUGACAUGAAGUGAUGCUAGGCUGUUCAUUCAUCCAUUUUCCGGUCUGUGGGUAGGGCAGUGAUUGGUAGAUUUUUCUAACAGUGACCCUUUGGCUAAAGAAAUGGUUUCCUAUAUCCACUGUGGAAGAACUUUGGGAAAUUUUGUUGGGUGCUGUCUGUCAGAUUUGACAUUGCAUGAUUUGGUAGAUUGUUCCAACGCUCCAUGACCCUUUGUCUAAAGAAGUGGUUUCCUCCAUCCAGUCUGAAACAAGUUUGAGCAAUUUUAUUGGGUGUUGUCUGUGAGAGUUGUCAUUGGUUCUUGAUGACCAUUUGGCUGAAGAAAUGGUUUCUUGUUUCCAUGGAAAGAUUUUUUUGAAAUUUUAUUGGGUGUCGUCUCUGAAAUUUGACAUUUUGCUUCACUACUAGGGUUCAUGCAUUGUAUUGCAAUGAUUGAUGGGGUAUUAUAAACCAAUGUGGGAUAUGAAGUGUACUCCCUCAGGACAAGCCUGUGUUGAGGUCCUAACUUAUUAGAUCUAUCUUUCAUUGUCGGUGCCUCGCCUGAUCUCUCAGAGUUCAUGGUUUUGUGAUGGAUACAGUAUGCAAGCAAACAUUUGGUUCUUGUAUGAUGGUGAAUGAAUAAAUUAAUAAAUAAAAAUAAAUUCUUUUUCCUGUUGGUUUCUAUUUUGAUCAAAAUGCAGUGUUCACUGAAAUUCAUAGAAACGCGAUCGCAUCAUGUACAGAAAGGGUAUAUUUAUUUUUGAAAUUAUAUAUUCCAUUUGCUCUUUUGAAAAGUUAAACUCCCCCCCCCAAAAAAAAAAAAAUUAGAAACAAUACUAAAAAAUAUUAAUUUGAAAAUUAGAACAUUAUAGGGUCAGUCAUAGAUAGAUAAUGUUGAAAGAAUGUGAAAUGAUUGAAAAUGGGCAGAUACAGGGAGCAUUUCAUGACAAGUUUUUGUUAGUGAUUAUCACUAAUUUGCUCUAAGCCAAUCAGAUGCAAGGAUUUGUUGGUGAAAAUCACUGACAAAAAUCUUCAUGAAAGCUUCCCUGGAUGGAUAGUACAGGGAGGUAUGGGAAGAGAGCACAAUCAAUGGAUUAACUGCUAUUCAUUUAGAAGGGAGAAGGGGGGAUGGGAGGGGAAAUGGUUGUAAGGAAGGGAGCAGAUUAAAGGAAAUGAGGUGGUUUUGUUCAAGGGUGAAUGAAAAAGACAAAGGAGAUUAAUUCUUAUGGCAAGGAAGAGGGAAAGGGUGUAGUUGGGAAAAUUAAUUGUUGCCCCUAGCAACAUAAUCACUUGGAAAGUUGAUACAUUGUCUUGCAUACUAUUUGGCUUCACAAAAUAUCAUUAAUAAAGCACUCUCAUUGUGGCAAAUUGUAUACCAUACACAACAGUAUCCAGUGCCCUUCUCUAUACACUGAAAAAUAUGUCUCUCAGUAGUGAUGUCACAUAUUGUGUGAUUUUGUCAAGAAGAACCCAGCUCAGACUAGGCUGCUGGUCAUUUUGUGAGGGUUGGGGUUUGCCCCAUUGAAUCAAGAGGUCAUGGUAUGGUAUCUUGUAUACUUGAAUUAAUCUUCUUGGCUGCUGGUCAUUUUUUUUGGGGGGGGGGGUCACUUUUCUUUGAUAAUCCAUGAAAAAUUCUGCUUAUAUGUGUACAUUAAGUAUCCGUAUUCUGUGAAACAUGGUAUGACCCCCUAUUUUUUUUUUAAUCCCCUGACCAAAGCUAAAAUGAAAAGUUGAUCUGAAUACAAAAGUAUUAAAAGCAAUUAUUUUGAACUCUGA